UUGGAUUUUGUACCUAGAUUUUGCUACUGGACUUGUUCUCCGCAUCUGAGUCUAACUUGCCUACAACACCAAGUACUCAAUAUAUGCAUCCGGCUGUGGAAAAACAACUCUGUUCGGGCUAAAAAUACCUCAGAUGAGACCAAAAAAGGCCAGAGAUUGAUUGAGAAAGAAACUAUGGAAACUGGAACUGUGAAAUUUUCAGUCUACCUGCAGUACUUGCGGGCCAUGGGCUGGUGCUUCUCCUUCUUGGUCUUCCUGAUAUACUUCAUCCAGAACAUCGCUUUCAUUGGCUUCAACCUGUGGCUGAGUGCAUGGACCAAUGACGCAGUGACGUACUUCAACCAGAUGUACCCUGCCAGUGUGAGAGACAUGAGAGUGGGGGUCUUCGGUGCUCUUGGCGUAGCACAGGGUACAGUACACUUUAGGGGAUCUUCAUCUUCCUGGGCAGACGGAUCAGUGUUGGCGUCUCGGAUCCUACACACGCGCCUGCUGGUCAACGUGUUGCAGGUGCCCAUGGUUUUCUUCGACACCACACCGUCUGGCAGAGUGGUCAACCGGUUUACCAAGGUAGAAGAAAAGAGAGAGAGAGAGAAAGAGAUGUGUUUGGGGACACUUUCCCUGGGGAUUCUAAGGUGAUAUGGCACCCUGUUUGUGAUCUGUCUGGCCACCCCAAUUUUUCUAGCAGUCAUCGUGCCUCUGGCUGUCGUCUAUUACUUUGUGCAGAGGUUUUAUGUGGCAACGUCUAGACAGCUCAGGCGUCUGGACUCUGUUUCCCGUUCACCCAUCUACUCCCACUUUGGGGAGACUGUCAUCAGGGCCGUCCUCAGGGCAUCAGGCAACGGAUUCAUAUUUCGGAUUAAGAAAGAACGGCUCUCCUCCUUAAUCAAGCCUCCCUCUCAGCAGCCGCCCUCAGGCUGCACUUUCCGCGUGUCACCACGGCACUCCUCCUCUCCAGACGGGGCCCUAGAUGGCCUUACUACCGUAGACUGUGGCACCAAGCACUGGAACUCACGGGUCAACUGUCGCUGCACCUCCGUCGCUCCACUCCACAGUCGCACAGACCAGGAUAGGCAGGCCCCAGCUCCGCUGCAGCUGGACCACGCUGAGCUCUCAGGCCAGUUCAGAGAGCCUUUCUGUCGGAAGCUGCCCCACCGUCGUGAAUUCGCUGCCCCCAGCGUCUCCGCCAACCGUCCGUCGUCCAGGAACCUCUUCCUCGCCGCUCUCCCUCGGCUCUGCUCACGCGUUGCGGCUCGCAGCGGAGUCAGCGCCCAGGCCAGCGUCGUCUUCUCCGCGACCACUACUUCAGGCCCCUCUUCCGGCAAGAUCUCCUCCCAUGGCAGCAGGCAGGUCUAG